GAAAAUUGUUUUUUUGUUUGUUAUUUUUGCUCAUAAGAACAGAUCAGGCAACACUGAGAUAAAUAGCAGAAGUAGGAAUUUAAGAAAGCAACUGAAUACUGUUCACUCCCCCACAGGAAACUACAGACAUAAUAAAUGAGUCAGUGUGAGCUGACAGAAACAGAAAGCACAACGCCUGAGAUACAAGAUCAAGGAUAUAUAAUAUAUAUAAACAUUUAAAAAAAUAAAAUACAUCUGAGCUGUUUCACAGACGAAGCGCUUCCCAAGCGAGAGACUGGAGUGAUGUAGAUGGUGAGAAACGGAGUUAAUCUGUGAAACGUUACCGGCUUUGAGUUGAGAGCACAUGUUGAUGGGCUGAUGUGUGUUCCUCUCAGACAGCGCUUUAUUUACAAGAAGAGGAAACGCUGAAGCUACAGCUCUCCGGUGCGUCACAUGUGGAAGAGACAAUGCCAGGAGGCUAUUUCUGGGAUUUUCUCAAGGAUCUUUCAAAUAACCUGAUUUUGAGUAGCUAUUUUUGUGUUUCCUAAACGCUGAGAGGUGACAACGUGUGCCAUCCCAAAACUACAGUGCUAUGCCAAGCUGAACCUUUGCAGAGUUAGUGAGAGGACUCUUGAUUUAAUGAGAGGAAGAUGAAUGUUGGCAGUGAGCUCCAAGAAAACUCAACUAAAGAAUAUCAGCAUCAGAUCUACGCCGUCUUCUACACAGUGAUUCUUGUUCCUGGACUGAUCUGCAAUGUUCUCGCACUCUGGGUUUUUUACGCCUACAUAAAGGAGACAAAGAAGGCUGUUGUAUUCAUGAUUAACCUGGCCGUCGCUGAUCUGCUGCAGGUGCUGUCACUACCUCUGCGCAUUUACUACUAUUUGAACAACUCGUGGCCUUUCGGCGAUGCCGCCUGCCUGCUCUGUUUCUAUCUGAAAUACGUCAAUAUGUACGCCAGCAUCUACUUCUUGGCCUGCAUCAGUCUGAGACGCUGUCGACUCAUUAUCCAGCCGCUGCACUGCGUGGCCUCCAAGAGACGGAGGGAGCGUGGCUUGUGUUUAAUCGGGUGGUUCAUCGUGUGUCUGGGAUGCCUUCCCUUCCCUCUUCUGCGGAAACCCAACACCAACUCCACACACUGCUUCGCCGAGCUGCCCAUGACGCGGCUGAACACAGUGCUAGGAGCGUCUCUGGUGACAUUCGCGGAGCUGGUGGGUUUUCUGCUGCCGCUGGUCAUCGUGGUCACCUGCUCGUUGCUGACCGCUGCCAGUCUGCGGCAGAAGUCCUGUGUGCCGCAGGACACUGGGGAGAAGCACAAGGCGCUCAAGAUGGUGCUGAGCUGUGCCGGUGUGUUCCUGGUGUGUUUCGUGCCCUAUCACAUCACCUUCCCUUUAGACUUCUUGGCCAAAUCAAACUACACAUUCAGCUCAUUAGAGUUCAAGAACGCCGUGCUCCACGUUCAUCCGGUCACCCUGUGUCUCGCGAGUCUGAACUGCUGUCUGGACCCAGUCAUGUACUACUUCACUACUGAUGAGUUCAAGCGCCGUCUGUCCAGGCCAGAGUUUCAAGAAAGUUUGCCAUUACAGCAGAGAACUUCUCUCUCCACAAACGCUACAGUGUUAAACCAGACAGAUGAAGAAUAGUGACAGGGACAGAGCGCUUUCUGUGAGUACGACUGAUGCACUCCCAACAUUUCUCUUGAGAGAUCCAGGAAUGGGUGAAAGGACAUUUAUUUAACCCCAAAACAGGAAUACUGUGAAAUAUUAUUAUAUUUCUAAUUUUCUACUUAUAUAUUUUAAGAUGUACUGUAUUUCUGUGAUGCUCCGCUGUAUUUUCAGCAUCAUUCCUCCAGUCUUCAGUGUCACAUGAUCUUCAGAAAUCAGAAUAAUAUGAUGAUCUACUGCUCAAGAAACAUGAAGAUUAUUACCACGUCUAUGUGCUUCCUCUUUUGUGUGUGUGUAAAUCAAGUGUGCCGCAUACUUUGGAUGGGUGCAGGGAUCCUGAAAUACGGAUCGAUACUGAUGUCAGUUUUAAGGUGGAUCGUCCCAUUGGGGAAAUUUGUCUUGGGCCCAUCUUCACCUGCUGCAGUCAGCUCACAAUUAACACACUAUCAUCAACAAAUACAAACAAUAGCAGCAAAAAUAACACAGCAAUAAACAAAUAAACCUGAUACUGUAUUAAAAAUUACAAUUACAGCUCCAUACUGCCACUAUUUGACAUCUUUAUAGACACAGUAAAGCAUCGAGUUUGAUAUAAGUUUUGAAAGUAUUGAUACUCAAAUAAAAUAUAUUGAUACUUAGGUGUGUUUUAUUUACCAGUGAUUUUUUUUAACAAAAAGUAAAGAAAUGAAAUAAAAAUAACAAUGUGUACAAUAUGCAUUGAAUUGGACAAUAUCCUGUCAGUGAAUAAUUGUGUAUUCAUAAUAAAAAAAUUGAAAUUAUAGCUUAGUUUGUGCAGUUACAUUUAAAGUGAAUAUUAAAAGUUCAUUUUAGUCAUGUUCUAUUACAAAAUAUUAAUAUAAAUUCUAGACUGUGAGAAUAGAAAGGUUGCGUCAGUGUGCAUGUGUGCAAAACCAUGGUGUUACUAAAGUGACCACAGUCCAACUACCGUAUCACUCCAGUAAACACAUGAUGUGCUCCAGAACGAAUCAACCAAAUACAGAACUGGAACAUAUUUAGCUUAUUAUACAGCACUUCGUUUCAGUCCUUUAGAGGCCAAGCUUGUGUGUGUUCAGCGUC